CCGCAAGCGCUGAAGGACGAAGAUUACGAGUGCGCUUUUCCUCUGAAUACACAGUGGACUUUUAUGGACCUGACGAGGAUUUCGUACCAGGACAUCUAUUUUUUUUUCUUAAUCUCCAAACACUUUGAAGUCUGGGAAGUAACGGAUGAAGAUACUUGUGUGUUAUUGUAAUAAAGUUUAGGAUUAACUGAGCGAGAUGGCGCAUCUGUCUUUGUACUGCCUGCUGUCUGUGUCGCUUUUGCAGUUGGUGGCUUCAUCGGGUGUAUUUGAAUUGAAAGUUCACUCGUUCAGCACGACACGCCGCUUCUGCAGGAGGACGCGAGACUGCAACAUCUUUUUCAGGAUUUGUCUGAAGCAUUCGGAAGACGUCAUCUCCGCUGAGCCUCCGUGCACCUUCGGAACCGGACAGACGAAUGUCCUGCGAGCGGACCAGAGCUCUAUAGCCAGCAGCGCAGCCAUCCGGGUGCCUUUCCACUUCAAGUGGCCGGGGACGUUUUCUCUUAUUAUUGAGGCAUGGAAUGCUGAGUCUCCAAAAGAGCAUCAUGACUACACAGAGAAUCAAAACAACCUGAUCAGUCGUUUAGCAACACGAAGGCGCUUGGCGAUUGGAGAAGACUGGUCUCAGGAUGUUCAUUUUGGAGACCAGAGUGAGCUCCGUUACUCGUAUCAUGUUUUCUGUGAUGAGUUUUACUUUGGUGAGGUGUGUUCGGAUUACUGCCGUCCUCGUGAUGAUACACUGGGACACUACACCUGUGAUGAGAACGGAAACAGGGAAUGCCUGGAGGGAUGGCAGGGAGACUACUGCUCUGACCGUGAGUACCACCUGUGUGUGUCAGAUGCUCCGAGGUCUGCUUAG